UCUAGGCGGGGCGCAGGAGCAGCCGGCUCGGCAGCCAAAGCGGUGUAGGGGGCAGGCGCGGAUCCCGCCACCGCCGCGCGCUCGGCCCGCCGCCGCCUGCCGCCUCCCGCCUCCCGGCUUCCCGCUCGCCUCCGGCCUCCUGCCUCGGCUCGUGCGCGCCUGCCUACCGCGGGGACCGCUUCGGGUCUGAAGUCGUAGCCAAAGCCAGAGCCUGCGCCAUGCCAAGGGAAAGGAAGGAGAGAGAUGGGAACGAACGGGACCCUAUGAAAGAAGAAGGUGGCACUGACUUCUCUGUUCGCUCCAGGAAAAGGAAGGCAAAUGUGGCCGUUUUUUUGCAGGAUCCAGAUGAAGAAAUUGCCAAAAUUGACAAGACUGUGAGAGACCAGUGUGGCAGUCAGCCUUGGGACAAUAAUACAGUAUGUGCAAAUCCCUGCUCCUUGAUCCCCACACCUGACAAAGAGGAGGAUGAGCUGGUAUACACAAAUUCUACAUUUGGGCCUCAGAGAUCUACACCGUCCAGAGCCUCACCACUUCCUUUACUGAACUGGGCAAAUAGAGAGGAGGUUUGGAAAAUCAUGCUAAACAAGGAAAAGAUGUACUUAAGGGAUGAGCACUUUUUGCAGCGACACCCUCUUCUGCAGCCUAAAAUGCGAGCAAUUCUUCUGGAUUGGUUAAUGGAGGUGUGUGAAGUCUAUAAACUUCACAGGGAGACGUUUUACUUGGCACAAGAUUUCUUUGAUCGGUAUAUGGCAACGCAAGAAAAUAUUGUAAAAACACUUUUACAGCUUAUUGGGAUUUCAGCUUUAUUUAUUGCUGCCAAACUUGAGGAAAUCUAUCCUCCAAAGUUGCACCAAUUUGCUUAUGUUACAGAUGGUGCUUGUUCAGGAGAUGAAAUUCUUACUAUGGAAUUAGUGAUAAUGAAGGCCCUUAAGUGGCGUUUAAGUCCCUUGACCAUUGUGUCCUGGCUGAAUGUAUACAUGCAGGUUGCAUAUCUAAAUGACGUAUAUGAAGUGCUACUGCCGCAAUAUCCCCAGCAAAUCUUUAUACAGAUUGCAGAGCUUUUAGAUCUCUGUGUCCUUGAUGUUGGCUGCUUAGAAUUUCCCUACGGUGUACUUGCUGCUUCUGCCUUGUAUCAUUUCUCUUCAUCUGAAUUGAUGCAAAAGGUUUCAGGGUACCAGUGGUGUGAUAUAGAGAAGUGUGUCAAGUGGAUGGUUCCAUUUGCCAUGAUUAUAAGAGAGACAGGAAGUUCCAAACUAAAGCACUUCAGGGGGGUUCCUGCUGAAGAUGCUCAUAACAUACAGACCCACGUCAACAGCUUGGAUUUGCUGGACAAAGCCCAAGCAAAGAAAGCCAUAUUGUCUGAACAAAACAGGAUUUCUCCUCCCCCCUCAGGGGUCCUCACCCCACCACAGAGCAGUAAGAAGCAGAGCAGUGAGCAGGAAACAGUGUGACCACCCCAGCAUUCUCCACCAAAGACAGUUGUGCGGAAGUGCCUGCUCAUAGUUCUCUCCUGUCUACUGCAGUGGAGGCGUAUACUAGCUUUUACAGAUAUUUAAGUGAAGAGUAUCUCUCUUCUGCAACAGAAGUAUUUCUGUGAUUGGCAUUGGACAGGGAGAAGUGUUUUUUAUUGAAUACUUAGAUUUUUUUAAAUAAGUGGGUCAAGUACACCAGCCACCUCCAGAACACCAAUGAGUGCUCCAGAUGCUGCUAAGGAGGGUGAUACUUGACUUGAUUGACUGUUCACACAAAUAACAAAGGCUUGAAGUUGAGGAGUGCCGCUGUUGCUGUUGGUCUCCCCUCGGGUGUUCUGGGUUGCCUCGUGUUCGGUGGAACAGGUGGUUGUGAGCAAGCAUUGUGAUGCACAGCCUCAACCAGCAGGGCCUGCCCUUUACACAUCAGUUGACAGUGUACCAUGCCUCUUAUGAACUUUUGUUUUGUAAGUGCUGCUAUGUCUAUCCGUUUUUAAUAAAGAUAAUACUGUCUUUGAGACAGCUGGUUUUA